CGACAAUCAUAACCGGCCACUUCGAUACGCCCCGUCAUAACCAGCUGUGCGCAGUCUCCUUUUAUAGUUAACGUGUAUGUAACUUGGCAACUGGGAAGCAAUCACACACGGCGCAUCCUGCUGGUCAUCGACACGCUUGCGCGCGAGCGAGCGAGCGGCGAUGUUUCUGAAACGUAGCGCGCACUUCCGCUUGCAAAUGCCGCGGCGGAAUCCAGCGGGCUCGAUAAUUCUCCAGGCAACACGGACAAUCAAAUCCUGGGGACACGAUCGCUAACACGUAUUUUAUACGCGCGCCUGUCUCACCCACGAUUACUCAUGUCUAGCUACCACGAUGGCAGCACUGUGACGCUGAUAGCGGCGCCCUUAGGACGGUGUGCACCGUGGCCGAGCACAGGUACAGCUAACUCGGUCUGUCGUAUUAUUGUGCCGUUGAUUUGCGUCCAAUAUGUAACCCCGACGACAGGAAAUCACAAGCAAUACUCGUCGCAUCCGGUGAGAUAAAUUAUCCCCAGGGGUGGGGUCAAGAGUGACCACUGUCAUGACCACUGUCAUUUAAACAAAACAAUUGAACGAGCAAUGCGUUAAUUGCGUGAGUGGUGAUUUAAACGACAUAAUUAUGGCUCGACCUAUCGUGCCAAGUCAGCAAAAGUUGGCUGAGAAGCUGACCAUUUUGAAUGACAGAGGCAUCGGUAUGCUCACACGUAUUUACAAUAUAAAGAAGGCCUGUGGCGAUGCCAAGUCAAAGCCUGCCUUCCUGUCUGACAAGGCACUGGAGUCCUCCAUCAAGGCAAUUGUCAGGAAGUUCCCUAACAUUGAUAUUAAGGGUCUGCAGACUAUUACUAACAUUCGUAACGAGAUCAUCAAGUCCCUGUCAUUGUACUACUAUACAUUUGUUGAUCUUCUGGAUUUUAAGGACAAUGUGUGUGAGCUGCUGACUACUAUGGAUGCUUGUGGUGUUCACAUGGAUAUUACAAUCAACUUUGACUUGACCAAAGGAUAUCUGGACCUUGUAGUAACAUACAUCAGUUUAAUGGUCCUCCUGUCACGAGUCGAAGAUCGUAAAGCGGUGCUAGGGCUCUUCAAUGCAGCUCACGAGAUGGUGCAUAGUCAGUCAGAUCCUAGUUUUCCUCGCUUAGGUCAAAUGAUUAUGGAUUACGAUGCUCCACUGAAGAAACUCUCAGAAGAAUUUGUGCCGCAUUCCAAGUUGUUGAAAAAUGCUCUAAUUUCCUUGUGGCCGAUAUAUCCUGGUAGAAACUUGACUGCUGACACAUGGAGAGCCGAUCAAAAGUUGAGCCUUGUUGGUUCCCCUGGCCAAAUACUUAAAGCAGCGGCAACGGAGACCAUGUCUUGUGAAACACUCAGCUUGGAUAGAAUCGAAAGAUGGGUAAUUCUUGGGUUCACGCUUUGUCACACAUUCUUAAGUCAAGAACAACCGAACAAACUGUGGAUCACUGCUUUAGAAUCUGGCUGGGUAUUGGCGCUGUUUAGAGAUGAGGUAAUUUACAUACAUCAAUACAUUCAGACAUUUUUUGAAAGUAUGAAAGGAUACAGUAAAAGAGUGUCGGAAGUGAAGGAAUGUUACAAUCAAGCGGUACAAAAAGCUGGCUAUAGGCACAGAGAACGGAGGAAAUUCCUGAGAACUGCCUUGAAAGAAUUAGGUUUAAUUCUUACUGACCAGCCUGGCCUCUUGGGACCGAAAGCACUGCUGGUCUUAAUGGGUCUCUCUCAUGCGAGAGAUGAGGUAUUAUGGCUACUAAGACAUGGGGACAAUCCUCCUACCCAAGGCAAAGGCAAAGGACGAGGUGGUGAGGACUUGGUGGACCGACAGUUGCCGGAAUUACUCUUCCACUGCGAAGAAUUAAGAGCUUUAGUAAAAAAGUAUUCUCAGGUGCUCCAAAGGUAUUACGUCCAGUUCCUCGCGGGAUUCGACGCCCCUGCUCUACAUCAAAUGAUACAGAAUCUUCCGGUCUGCCCCGAGGACGAGGGAGCUAUUCUUAGUGAUAUGUGUUCAACUAUAGCUAGUCUCACGGUGAAGCAAGUUGAGGAGAAUGAAUUGUUUGAUUUCCGUGCCUUUCGACUGGAUUGGUUCAGGCUGCAGGCUUAUAUGUCUAUCGCGAAAGGCAAUAUGAAUUUGGCUGACAACAGAGAAUUAGCUUCCUUCAUGGACACGGUGAUCUUCCAUACGAAAAUGGUCGACAAUUUGGAUGAGAUGCUAGUCGAAACGUCCGACUUGUCCAUUUUCUGCUUCUACAGCAAGAUCUUUGAGGAUCAAUUUCACAUGUGUCUCGAGUUUCCCGCUCAGAAUCGGUACAUCGUCGCUUUCCCGCUCAUAUGCAGCCACUUCCAGAGCUGCACCCACGAGCUCUGUCCGGAGGAACGUCAUCAUAUUCGCGAGAGGAGUCUCUCCGUUGUCAACAUGUUCUUGGACGAGAUGGCUAAGGAGGCCAAGAAUAUCAUCACGACCAUUUGCGACGAGCAGUGCAACAUGAGCGACAAGCUCUUACCGAAACACUGCGCUCUACUGAUAUCGCAAGUUGUCAAUCGCAAGAAGAAAGACAAGAACAAGAAGAACAUGUACGAGAUUCAUAAGCCCGGCAUAGAGAGCUUCAGGAAGACCCGGGAAGAAUUAACGACGAUGGAUAAGCUGCAUAUGGCUCUCACCGAGUUGUGUUACGCGAUCAAUUACUGUCCUACCAUCAACGUCUGGGAGUACACUUUCGCGCCGAGGGAGUAUCUGCAUCAACAUCUGGAGUCGCGAUUCGCUAGAGCUCUCGUGGGGAUGGUCAUGUACAAUCCGGACACCAGCGAGAUAGCCAAGCCGUCGGAGCUGUUCGUCAGCGUUAGAUCUUACAUGAACGUCCUUCAGACCAUCGAGAAUUACGUGCACAUAGAUAUCACGCGCGUCUUCAACAAUGCCCUGCUGCAGCAGACUCAAGAGCUGGACAGUCACGGCGACAAGACCAUAGCCGCGCUCUAUACUCAAUGGUACUCGGACGUCUUGCUGAGGCGAGUCAGCGCCGGCAAUAUCUGCUACUCGGCGAAUCAAAGGGCGUUUGUCAGCCUGUCGGUGGAAGGUGCCAUCCCCUUUAACGCCGAGGAGUUCUCCGACAUUAACGAGCUGAGGGCAUUGGCGGAAUUGAUAGGGCCGUACGGCAUGAAGAUGUUGAACGAAAAUUUGAUGUGGCACAUCGCCAGUCAGGUGCAACAGUUGAAGAAGUUGGUGACGGGCAACCGGGACGUGCUGGUCGCUCUGAGAACGAACUUCGACAAACCGGAGGUGAUGAAGGAGCAAUUCAAGAGGCUGCAACAUGUGGACAAUGUUCUUCAGCGAGUUACCAUAAUAGGCGUGAUCCUGAGCUUUCGGCAAUUGGCACAAUCCGCGUUGGUCGACGUGCUGGAGGAACGUAUUCCGUUCUUAUUGAGCUCCAUAUUGGACUUUAGACAUCAUCUGCCUUCCGGCGACCCGAUGCGCGUCGUCUCCGAGAUGACUUCGGCCGCAGGCUUGACCUGCAAGGUCGACCCCACCUUGACGACCGCCUUACGAAACCAGAAGGGCGAGCCUGAGGAAGACGAGCAUUUGUUAGUGUGCCUGUUGAUGGUCUUUGUGGCGGUCUCCAUUCCGAAAUUGGCUCGGAAUGAGAGCUCGUUCUACCGUGCGUCGCUCGAGGGCCACUCCAACAACAUACACUGCAUGGCCACCGCCAUAAACAACAUAUUCGGGGCAUUGUUCACGAUUUGCGGGCAGAACGACAUAGAAGAUAGAAUGAAGGAAUUUCUGGCCUUGGCUUCCUCGAGCUUGCUGAGAUUAGGCCAGGAAGCGGACAAGGAAGCGACCCGAAACCGAGAAUCCGUCUACCUACUGCUCGACCAGAUAGUCCAGGAGUCCCCGUUCCUGACGAUGGACUUGCUAGAAAGCUGCUUCCCAUACGCACUGAUUCGCAACGCAUAUCACGACGUGUACAAGCUAGAGCACUCGCAACCGUAAGCUUCACAGCGAGGGAGUUGCGAGGCAGGAGACCGGGUGCUGCAUUAAUCUAACUUGCCACUCAGGGCCAUUUUUUCUACGUCCACGUACAUCGGAGGCAAUCGCGAGCAAUUUGCUGUUAAAUGUAAAACGCGGCCGUAUGCUCUGUUUCAAACUGGUCCGAACACUUUCUUUUCCACGAUGCAACUCUCGAAGCAGUCGAUGGAAGCCGACGAGAGAGAGAGAGAGAGAGAGAGAGAGAGAGCUCAAGUUUUCAGAAUGAACCAAAAUGAAUUCCGAGUAUCGGAAUCCGUCGAUUCCAGCGUGUUGAACUGCACCGAGGGAAAAAUAGUGUUAAAACUGCAUCGAAGCAAAGUGUGCAAUGAUAACGUUUCGGAUGAAGCGGAAUUCCGGCUACGUAUCGAGAUGCAAAAGUACAAGCGGAGGCUGACUGAAGAGGUGGUGGGAACGCGUACGAUCGUUCGUAGGAUUGAGCAUAAAGAUGCAACUGCUCGGCAUUUUAACAUAACGACGCAGGUUUGCGGUUAUCGAAAUGCAUUUUUAGCGUUCUCUCCUACGUUGCUUUUGCGUUGCGGUAUAUCGCGCACGUCGCAUCACGUCACGUCACGUACAAUCGGGAUUUGUGUUUCCUCCUUUUCUUCUCGGACGCCGGUAUAAUUGAAUACUACCUUUUUAUCGAGAAAAGAUCUUUAUUAUAAGGUAAAUGAAUGAACGGACAAUUUGUCGAGACUCGCGGACUUUCGUAAUAACAGCCGCGACGAUGCAUUUUGUAAUGUACAGUGUAUCUCUAGUUUACAUUUGACAUCCGGCUUGAAGUAUUCAUUAGUACAUAAGUGCAUAUCUUAAAUUCCAGUCGAGUAUUAAUUAUACUUUAACGUGAAAGAACUUUUGUAUUGCACGGGGGUCGCACGAUGUAAGCUCCCAUUCGAUUCCAGGCUAAAGAUCGCGAUAUUCAUGUAUCACUCAGUAGGUAUCGUCACUCACCCACUAUGACUUUUUAAUGUACAAUUGUAACUUUUACAAUAGUUUAUAUAAUAAAUAAAACUAUGUGUAAAACAAUUCGCAAUAUCCUCUGUUCUAUUUUUCUUUUUUCCUUUUUGUUUCCCCAACUCGGGUCCGCCGACGG